AGGCCGAAGCAUGGACAUUGUCAAGUCGGAUGAAACGGCAGAAAUACAGUAGCCGAUAGUCACUCGAGACAUUGAUUCGCAAAGGCCAUAAGUAGGCGAUGUCGCCUGAGCGAUUCUAAAUCGAUUCUGGACGAGCUCCUGUGUAUACUGAUCUACAAGCUGAAUAUAGCCACUCGCUCCUCUCUUUAGCUUGAUUUUGAAACGCAAUGUUCUGGGCAAUCUUCGUUGCAAUGCUUCUCAACCCGUUCCGGCCAUGCGAGGGCUCGCCAACGUUCCAAGAGGAAUACCGAGGCAACUACGUGCCAGAAGUAAUCGAUACGCAGCAUGGGCUCCAGAUCGUCGCACCGGAUACUCCAUACGUGGCAGCGGCAGGCCAAAACAAGUUGUACUUCAUCGACACCCGGUUUGAUGUUGAGACCGCGAGGCACGUCAAGGAACAGAUCGAGAGAGCAACAGUGCCCCACCCAGACGAGUAUAUAUCCAUCGACGAGGUCUCAGCUACAGCAGAAUUGAAGAACUCUCUGACCGGCGAAACAACAUUCGUAUUUGACCCCCCCUACGCUAGGGUGCUGUUUGCGAAAGGGAUCAACAAGCGCAACCCCGAGCUCAGAUUGCCUGAGCAUGAACCAGCGGGUGAUUGGCUAGUCGCCUACGACCUCGUCAACACACAUGCAUUGGCGAAAAGAUACGACUCCUGCUCCGACUACGGCUGUCACAGCAACAGUGACUGCAUACGACAGACAAAUGGCAACUGCCGGCUCUGCCAUCAUUAUCGGGUUGACGACGAGUGUGACGCGCCGCUGACAAACGCUAUUGGAGUGUGCCGUCCGCUCUGCUCCAAAAAAGCAGACACACCGAAAGAAGAUGGAGAGACGGACUCAAGCUAUUACCAACGUAUGGACAAGCUUCACUGGGCGAAUGAAUAGACUCAUGUUAAUGAUAAUAGGGUAGGUGAAGUGCAGACGCGGUUCAGCAGGCUUUGGGACGAAAUAUAUAGCGUCCAUGUCAUUCAUUUAUCAAGGAUUGGCGGAAUGUGCAAUCGAGGGACUGCGGAAUCGCGGAUCAAGAGUCCACUAGGAUGACUCGCAGUGGUUCCGCACAUAACCUCGAUGAUUCGAGAUCUUCUAGCUCCCUUCCAAGAAAUUGAUAUCUCCAU